ACUCAACUCAGUCACUCUCUCUCCGUCUCUUCUCGACUCGACGACCUCACCUCAUACAACCUCACCACCCUCCUCGACCUCACCUCAGAAUCCGGCCACACCCACAUCACACGAGUUACUCACCUCUCUGAUCUCUCUCUCUCGACUUCUCAUCCCUCAGACCCUCACUGUGCAGGAGCCUUCCUUCACGGCACAGAGGCAGAGCCACGGUCACCGGCGCCGCUCACCUCUCUGAUCUCUCUCUCGACUUCUUCAUCCAGAUUCCAGUGCACUGUGCACCGAUUCUGCCCCAAAUCAGGAACGUGAGUAAAACACCAAAACAUACCGGAAGGGACAGCGGAUAAUGGCUGAAUUAGAAAAUUUGCUCUUGGAGGCUGCGGGAAGAACAAGUUCAUCGGGGAAAAACCGACACUCACAUUCAUCAUCUAGGAGGAGACGUGGGGGUUCAUAUUCUGAUGGAGGAAGUGACUCCAGAGGUGAUGAUUCUGAUGAUGGUCGUGGCUAUGCAAGCAGGAAGCCCUCUGGACCUCAAGUUCCUUUGAAGAAGAGGCUGGACCCAACAGAAGUAGACGAUGAACAAGGUAGCCAGGAAGAAGGUGGUUAUAAUGAUAGUGGUUCGGAUCGUGGUGGGGACAGCAAUGAAUCUGAUGUUGGCAGUGAUCUUUACAAGGAUGAAGACGAUAGGCGGAAGCUUGCAGAGAUGUCUGAACUUCAAAGAGAGCUAAUUCUGUCUGAAAGAGCACAGAAGAAAGAUGACAAGAGUUUAAAGGAGAAGUUCCGACCAAAGUGGGACAAAGGGAAGGCCCCACAGUCCCGGAAAGAGACUCCACCUCUUCCGUCCUCUCGUGUGCGUUCAUCAGCCAGAUCUGCUGACAGGGCAGCUGCCAAGGAUGAUGCAUUGAAUGAGUUACGAGCAAAACGUUUGAAGCAGCAGGACCCUGAGGCUCACCGCAAGUUGAGAGAUGCUUCUAGAGGAGGAAGUUCAAGCAGUCGAAGUUUCUCACACCUGAACAGGAAAUCCUUCACUGCAGUGGGUCGGAGUAGCUCUAGUCAGAGUGACAGUGAUAGUAGGUCUCGUAGUGAAGAUGAUGGAUCAUCAGGGGAUGAUGCAAUGAUUGACAGUGAUGAUGAAAGGUCAGAGGGACUAACUUUUGAUGAUAUAAAGGAGAUUACCAUUCGAAGGUCAAAACUUGCAAAGUGGUUUAUGGAGCCGUUCUUUGAAGAGUUAAUUGUGGGUUGCUUUGUGAGGGUUGGAAUUGGGAGGUCAAAAUCUGGGGCUAUCUAUAGGCUCUGCAUGGUCCGGAAUGUUGAUGCAUCAGAUCCUGAUCGACAGUACAAACUGGAGAACAAAACCACACAUAAGUAUCUGAAUGUUGUUUGGGGCAAUGAGAACUCUGCUGCCAGGUGGCAGAUGGCUAUGAUUUCCGACUCAGCGCCGCUGGAGGAGGAGUUUAAACAGUGGAUUAGAGAGGUGGAGAGAAGUGGUGGCCGAUUGCCAAGCAAAGAGGACGUGUUGGAAAAGAAGGAGGCCAUAAAAAAAACCAACUCAUUUGUCUACUCAGCCGCAACUGUGAAGCAGAUGAUACAGGAGAAAAAGUCUGCUUCGUCAAGGCCAUUAAACAUUGCGCUUGAGAAGGACCGGUUGAGGAGGGAGUUAGAAGUUGCAAAAAGCAAGCAAGAUGAUGCAGAGGUGGAGAGGAUCGAGACAAGAUUACAGCAAUUAGAAGCACGCCGGCAAUCACAGGGGAAAGAUAGCAAGGCUAUUAGGCUUGCUGAGAUGAACAGAAAAAACAGGGUUGAGAAUUUCAAGAAUGCAUCAGAAUUAAAACCUAAGAAUAUAGGUUUGAAAGCGGGGGAGGCCGGUUAUGAUCCUUUUUCAAGGAGAUGGACUAGGUCAAGGAAUUACUAUGUGUCAAAGCCCGGUGAACAAAAAGAGGAGGCAGAGGCAAUAGCAGUGGCUGAUGGAGCCUUGGCAGAUAUAGAAAGUAAUGGGACAGCCGUGGUGGGAGCAGUACGGGCUGGCAUGGCAGCAACUGCAGCAGCUUUGGAAGCUGCAGCUGGUGCGGGGAAGCUGAUUGAUACGAGUGCCCCUGUUGAUUUUGGAACAGAGUCAAAUCUAAAGCAUAAUUUUGAGCUGCCAAUCUCAUUGGCUGCUCUUCAAAAGUUUGGCGGGCCACAGGGAGCUCAGAAAGGGUUCCUGGCAAGGAAGCAGCGAAUAGAAGCAACAGUUGGGUGCCAAGUCCCGGAGAAUGACGGGAGGAGGCAUGCACUGACACUUACAGUUAGCGACUACAAGAGAAGAAGAGGGCUUCUCUGAAAUGGCAAUGGUCCAACCAAGAUAACAACCAGAGAGGCAAGACGGAUCAUCUUCAGCAACAAACAGGACUGGUUUUCGACGGUAAAAGCUUGUUCGUGUAGUCUAUUUGUUUGGUCCUUAUUUACAAUUAAAAAUAAGAAGACUGUAUUUGUGUGAUUUAUUUACUGGAAGUUUGGAAGAGCACAAAUAAUGCACAGCUUGUGAGAGAUUUGAUAUUUACAACUUUAAUGAGAUUACUGUUGUUUUUUGGAAACUAUGAGA